AUGGGAGCUGAUCGCAUCUAUGCCGGGCAAAUGGCUGUGCUUAGUGGUUCCCCACUAGGAUCAGUAAUUAAGAAGAUGUGGGAUGAAGAACGUGAACAUUUGGACAUUAUGGAACGGCUGGCAGCAAGACAUGGCAUUGGUACCGCCCUCAUGGGCAAGGAAGCAGCUAUGGCGUGUACUGUUGCUGUUGAAGAAGUGAUUGGACGACAUUACAAUAGACAGAUUGAAGCAAAAGCAACUCAUUCGCGGAGGAGUUGUCUGUCGCAUGUGGAUCACGUUCAGAAAUUUCACAACCCAUUUUUUAAGGGGAGGGAUUUCUAUCCAGGUGAAGGAUCUCGUACGUCGGUGCCUGUUUCAUUAUAUCUCAAACAAACAUAUCUUGCACCGGCGUACGAUGUUCUAAAAUGGGUGAUCCAGACUGGUUGCAAAGGUGCUAUCGCCAUUGCUGAAAAGAUAUGA